UUGUUGACGUCACUUCAGUAGGGAGUCCUGUCAGGCCUGCACGGACAACGCCCCUCUCAAACCCUAUUUCUCCCGUGGCAUCUCUCUCUCGCUCAGACUAUUCCCUUUUGUCUGCCUCGAUCGGAUCCGCUGAUUAGGUCCUGGAAGAAGAAGAUAGAUGGACUUUUGCAUAUCGAAAUCCAUUCUUAUUGUUUUACUAUGCCUCAUAUACAGUCUGGGGCCAGCUAUUGGGAUUAGAUUUGUGAUUGAUAGGGAAGAAUGCUUUUCUCACUCAGUUCCAUAUGAAGGAGAUACUGUUCACGUGUCAUUUGUUGUGAUAAAAUCUGAUACGCCAUGGCAUUAUGGGGAUGAUGGGGUGGACCUUGUGGUGAAGGGUCCUACUGAUGAGCAGAUUCAUGAUUCUCGUGACAAGACUAGCGAGAAGUUUGAAUUUGUAGUUCACAAGAAAGGUCUUCACCGAUUCUGUUUCACUAACAAGUCCCCAUACCAUGAAACUAUAGAUUUUGAUAUCCAUGUUGGUCAUUUUGCGUACUUUGAUCAGCAUGCCAAAGAUGAGCAUUUCAACCCUUUAUUGGAACAAAUUGCGAAGCUGGAAGAGGCUCUAUACAAUGUGCAAUUUGAGCAGCAUUGGCUGGAGGCUCAAACUGACCGUCAAGCAUUGGUUAAUGAAGGGAUGAGCAGGAGGGCGAUCCACAAAGCCAUCUUUGAGUCAGCAGCCCUUAUUGGGGCCAGCGUGCUCCAAGUUUACCUCCUACGGCGCCUUUUCGAGCGGAAACUUGGAACCUCCCGAGUUUAGGUCUUGCUUUUCUUGCGGAGUAUUUACUUGUUUGCAAGGAAUACGGGAACAGAAACCCUUCUCAGGUACUCACCAUCCCCUACUUAAACUUGAACAUUAGAAUUUUGUAGCAUUUCCCCUUUUGAACUUUUCAACAGUAAUAACAUGUAAAGCAUCAAGUACAAGUGGAUUGGGAGACAAGGUGGUUUUACCCUUUUGGUGGUUGGAUUUAUCUAUUCUUCUUUUCCUUUCUCUUUGCUUUCAUUUUCUGUGAGAUACUAUGCUAUCAUAUCAGUAUAAAUGACCAUGGGAAUCAGGUCAGUUUCUUA